CAUUUUUCUGAAGAUCAGAAAGAGGAGAGAGAGAGUGAGAAAGUAAGAGGAAAAAAAAAAAAACACUAGGUCAAGUAACAAACACAAGAAAUUAACUAAAAAGAUGGGAAGAGGAAAGAUUGAGAUAAAGAGAAUUGAGAACUCUAAUAACAGGAGCGUCACAUACUCGAAGAGAAAGAAAGGAAUAAUUAAGAAGGCCCAGGAGAUCAGUAUUCUCUGUGACGCUAAGGUUUCGCUUAUUAUCUACGGUCCCAAUGGGAAGAUCGUGGAUUUCUGCAGCCCUGAAACUACGUCGUUAAGUUUCAUCGCGGAAGAAUACCAAAGGCUCUCAGGAAAGAGGUUGUGGGAUCUCAAGCAUGAAAACCUCAACACUGAGAUUGAAAUGACCAAAAAAGAAAACGAAAACAUGGACAUCCAUCUAAGGCACAUGAAAGGGCAGGAAAUCCAAUCUUUAAACCACAGAGAGCUCAUGGCUUUAGAGGAUACACUUUAUAAUGGCCUCCAAAAUGUCCGUGCUGCGCAGAUGGAGUGCAUCAACCAACUUCGGCAAAAGGACGAGUUUCUGGAGUCGGAGAAUAAGCGCCUCACCUGUGAGUUGUUCCAAAAGAUGGGAAUGCAAGACGGCGUCCUGAGAUCAGACUACAAUUCCCACAUGUCGUUUGCUUUCCGCGUGCAGCCUAUGCAGCCAAAUCUACAGGAGAGGAUGUAAUUAAUUAAUGAUGAGAAUGCAAUUAAGAUAAAAUUGCUGGCUAUCUUGUUAAUUUAUAAUUAAUUAGGUAGUUAUAGAGGUGAUUAAAUUAAGCUUGUCAUGGUUAAGCACUAAGGACUUUGUAUGCAACGAUUAACUAGUGGCGUGCAUGCAUGCAACUUGCUACCUUCUGUGGUGUUUAUAUAUCCUAAUACAUAUUUAAGCUA